AUGGCACACUUCACAGCACCGAGAAGCUUGCAGAGCAGGAAGACACAUUCACCAAUGGUACAAAUGGCUACGAACGACCCUCUGCCUCCAGGAUGGGAAAUUAAAAUUGAUCCUCAUACUGGAUGGCCUUUUUUUGUUGAUCACAAUAAUCGAAUAACCACUUGGAAUGACCCAAGACACGACAGUAAAAAGGAUAGCCAGACCUCUAAUGGGCCCUGUGAAGCUUCUGCUCAGGAACCCCAGAAGAACUAUGUGCGGGAGAUGAAGUUCCCCACGCUGCGCCAGGGGUAUAUCCCCAUUCCCGUGACUCACGACAACCUGGACCUGUGGCAGCAGCACCAUCCCGGCUUUCCCUUUGCUCAGCCCGCUCCCAUACAGAGGAUUCGGGCCGAAGGAAGAACCCCCUCUCCCACGCCAUCCCACCCCACCCGGCCCAGAUCCCCUGUUAGGAUGCCUCCCGAGGGGUGCCUGAGUGACCCUCAUAGUGGGUUAGGCGUGACUUCUUCACCUGGAUCACAAGCACCUGAGAUCUCUUCCUUUGGGAUGAGCUGCCAUCCACCCCCAGCUCAGUCUGUGCAGCUGCAGCCUGGCUACAUCCCCAUCCCAGUGAUCCAUGAAGGAGCAGGGGUCCAUGGUCAGGCCCCGCCAAACCACAGCCUGCACCCCCAACGCUUCGCCCAAACUGAGCCCACCCAUCACCGCCUACAACCGGAGGAGCGGACCCAACAGCCUGGACCUGUUCAGCCCCCCCAUGAGAGAGCCAAUCGUAACGCCUCCCCCAUCCUCAUCCCCUCCCACAUUAGAACACAGUCUCCAAUCAGAGCUCAGGUCAUGGGAGAGCGACUUCCGGUUCAACAGCAUGUGCUGCAGGAAGCCAGUUCAGAAGCCCCAGCCGAGAGCAGCCCGAGAGAGCACACACAGCCACCCCAAUUCCCCCAGACUCAGACUGCCCAGCUUCCCCAACCACAGUCCCCCCAGUUCCCCCAAGCCCAGACCCCCCAAUUCAGCCAAGCCCAGACCCCCCAAUUCAGCCAAGCCCAAACCCCCCAAUUCAGCCAGGCCCAGCCCCCCCAAUUCAGCCAGGCCCAGCCCCUCCAAUUCAGCCCGGCCCAGAGCCCCCAAUUCAGCCAGGGCCAGACCCCCCAAUUCAGCCCAGUCCAGAGCCCCCAAUUCAGCCAGGGCCAGACCCCCCAAUUCAGCCCAGCCCAGCCCCACCAAUUCCCACAGGCUCAGACCCCUCAGUACCCUCAGACUCCGCAGUACCCCCAGACCCCUCAGUACCCCCAGGCUCAGACCUCCCAGUACCCCCAAACUCAGUCCCCCCAAUUCACCCAGGCCCAGACACCCCAAUUCUCCCAGGCUCAGUCCCCACAGUUCCCCCAAACACAGACCCCUCAAUUCCCCCAGGCGCAGUCUCCUCAGUACCCCCAGGCCACAACCCCCCAAUUCUCCCAAAAUCAGGCACCCCAGUACCAUCAAACCCCGACACCCCAAUUCCCCCAGACGCAGACAGCCCAAUUCUCCCAGGCUCAGACCCCCCAGUACCCUCAAACUCAGACCCCCAGCUUCCCCCAGGCCGGUCACAGAGACGCCGAUUUGCGACAGCCACCCGAGAGACCAGAGGUUGAGGGCAGAGGUCACAUCCCUGAGAAAGCCGAGCCUCCAAAAGCUACGUCCGUUCCGCUGGAGGCGAUGCCUGAGAAAGCAGAAGAUGCGCCGGCUCAUCCGGGCCUGGCCAAGGUGCAGCGGAUUGUGGAGAGGGUUCAGAGACUGGAGCAUGAAGUCCGAUGCUUUGAUGGAAAGAAGAAUGACAAGCGCUAUCUGCUUUUGGAAGAGCUUUUGACGAAAGAACUGCUGGCACUGGACUCUGUUGACCCAGAGGGCAGGGCAGAUGUGCGGCAGGCCAGGCGGGAUGGGGUUCGCAAAGUGCAGAACAUUCUAGAAGGACUAGAGGCCCUUGGGGAAGAGUCAGAGCUGCCUGUCAGUGAGAACAUUACCCAAGGAUCUGAGCCCCAGGAGAUGUCCUAAACCACACAACCUCAGCUACCCAGCCUUCAUACGAAUGCAUUUCCCAUGCAAAUGUUCAUGAACAUUGUGCUCAACCAUUUAUGAAGCAAGUGAUAACAGAAUUCAAUAAAGUGUCUGCCAUGGAGUGCCAUUUUGUAGAACCAUUGUGGUAGCCAGUGUGUCAUCACAAUGUUAGGCUACUGUACAAUGGGGCAUAUGCAUAAAAGGUGCAGAUCAGGACAAAAAGGUGACAGAAACACAGACAGCCCUGCUGCUAGGCUGGAAGUGUUCUCUGUCCAGUGCAGUUGCUUUGCCUUUGACAGGUGUAUUUAGGAUUCACAGAUAUGGUGAUCCAAAAAGGAUAUCCCCACUGUAAGACUGAAACUGGCCACAGCUGCUAUUGAACAGGCUGAUGGAUGACAGCAUUGAUUAUGUGGUGCAGGAAUGAAUGACUGGUGUAUUAUCACGCAUUGUGUAACACACAGUGGACAUCAGCCGCAACAGUGAUGCUGCUAAGCAUUGUCAGGGUAAUGGUUAGCAUUAGCAUUGCUACAGAGAAGUCUCCGUCGGUUUCCUUUCCCUUCUUUAAUAGUGAGGGUUUGUAAGCAGUAUUUUUGUAUUAAUAUUUGUCAUUCUGGAAUAUAAUUAUUUCUGCCUGGUUUUCGGCCUAUUACUUGCACUAAGACAGGAUAAAAAGAAAAGAACAUUUAACUUUUAAGUGACUGAUGCAAGGACACGUUUUAUGCAUAUUCCCUGUUAUAGAACUAAGGAUUGAAAGAGACCUUUCUUUAAAUGCCAUUGGAUUACAGUUUUCAGGUUGUUUUUUUUUUUUUUUUUUGGGGGGGG